CUUGCCGAUAACAAUAACAGAGUCAGAGCAGAACACAAACGUAAGGAAAAAAAAAAAAACAGAGCAAAAUGGCCGUUGUUUUACGUGGAGGCAUCACCGGAGGAUUUCUUCACCAUCGUCGCGAUGCUUCAUCCUUCAUCACUAGAAGAAUCUCAUCCGUCAGAGCCGCAGGAGGAGGCAUAAAUCCGACGGUGGCUGUUGAACGUCCCACGUGGCUACCUGGCCUCGACCCUCCUCCUUAUCUUGAUGGAAAGUUAGCUGGAGAUUAUGGUUUCGACCCACUCGGGUUAGGAGAGGAUCCGGAAAGCUUCAAAUGGUAUGUUCAAGCAGAGCUUGUUCACUCUCGUUUCGCCAUGCUCGGUGUUGCAGGAAUACUCUUCACAGAUCUGCUUCGGACCACAGGGAUUCGUGAUUUACCGGUUUGGUAUAAAGCUGGAGCUGUCAAAUUUGAUUUUGCUAGCACAAAAACACUCAUUUUUGUACAGUUCCUACUUAUGGGGUUUGCUGAGACUAAAAGGUAUAUGGAUUUUGUCUCUCCGGGAUCUCAAGCAAAAGAAGAAUCUUUCUUCUUUGGAAUUGAAGCAGCACUCGAAGGGCUUGAGCCUGGAUACCCCGGAGGACCGCUUUUGAACCCGUUAGGCUUGGCUAAGGACAUUAAAAAUGCUCAUGACUGGAAGCUUAAAGAGAUCAAGAAUGGUCGUCUAGCAAUGAUGGUGAUGCUCGGCUUCUUCGUUCAAGCCUCUGUGACUCACACUGGCCCUAUUGAUAACCUUGUGGAGCAUCUCUCAAAUCCGUGGCAUAAGACCAUUAUUCAAACCCUCUUCACCUCUGCUUCUUAAGUACAUUCUUUUGUAACGAAAAUCCGAUUAUUCGACAAGUGUAUCAAUACCUUUAUUUCAUUUAAGAGUACAAUAAAUCUGUUCUAACCAAUAAACUUAAAAGUUCACUGUU